AUGAAACGCGCCUUGGAAAAAACGCAACCUACCAAUUUCAAAGAGAGGAAGAAACAAAGGCUUGCAAAUGCUCGGACAAUCGUGGUACAAUCACCAAUCACCACCUCGAAUGCUGUUGCAGGUUCUUCGCGAUUAGGUCCUACCGUCAAUGACAAAUUGAAGCGGCUCCCGGGUGCUAUCGAUGUUGAGAAAUUUGCAGAGGCUCGCAUCCGUACAUAUAGUUCGGCCUCCACAACUCGAGCAUGGCAAGUUCUUCCCCGACAUCUACGUCGUCGAGCAGCGAGUCAUAAUCCCCGGCGAGUACCUCUCCGUUUACGCGACAAAGCGCGUUCAGAGAUGGAUCCUAUGAGGCGAAAAGUCCUCGGACGUGCUAUGCCAAAACUCGGAAAGGAAAGGCGGCUCCCCAAAGAAGUGAUAUUCAUGAAUCGACAACACGACAAAAGGUGGUUAGAGACCCACAUUUGGCAUGCAAAGCGCAUGAAAAUGGAGAAUAUGUGGGGAUACAGACUGGCAGUUACUCCCACAGAAAAGGCAUUUCGUCCUUCACAUCGUGCUUCAAUACAUGGCUCCAUCCUCCAUGAUGCGUCGUACCUAUCUCUCAUUGAAAUGACAGGACCUGAAGCAACUUUAAAGGCCAUUUUGGAAAUGUGCUGUGACGCUCAAGAUGUCAGUCCUGGGGCUCAAAGAUAUACUUCGGGAGCUCGAGUGUGUAAAACCCACAUCUACGCACCAAAUCGUUAUCCUCUUGGUCUGAUCUGUCCGAUCACUGUGAUGUGGAAGUCCAGGCCCUCAAUUAUAAGUAAACCCUUAGAGGAGGCCUCCAAGUCUAAGAAAGGCAAAGGAAAAGACAAGCAGAAAGAAGUUCCACCUGAAGCCGGCGACAAUAUGCGAGUUCUCUGGAUCUAUUUUCACCCUUCAAUGUAUGAUGAAGUGUUCUCUGCUCUUCGUACUUCUACUUCUCAAACCCUAGAGGCUGCAGGCAGUCAAGGCGUCAUUGUCGACGUCGAGCUCAUUGAUAUUCGAGGAGAGGUCGGCAUUUUUGAAAUCAUGGGGCCCAAGUCAAAUCAAGUUCUUCGAGGUUCGCUUUCUCCAGUGAUGGCGCAGGCGAGUGACGACUUCAAAAAAUUCUGGGCCUCAUUGGGGAAUAUACAGUCGUGUGGGUCAGUGCCAAGAGGCAUGAUCAUAGGGUUUCUUGUGAAUGACCCGCGCUUGAGAUUUCCUCCAAAAAAUGCCAAGGUGCAGUUACCGGUUGGAAACAGCGUGUCGUCUUCGAUAGGAGUCUUCCCCUCCGCUGCAUUAGCUGCAUGUAACGUAUGGGAACAGAAUAUCCGAAACCAACUCAAAAAUCCGCGAUACCAGACAAAAGAUAUCAACGCAAGACGCGCUCAGAACCUGAUUCCUGGGACACCCUUGAAUCCGCUGCGACAGGAUGAUCGGAUACCGGUCAUGCUCAUCCAAACAUCAUAUCAACAUUCAGCCUCCAACGAUACCGAAAGCAUCGAAGGAUGGACUUUCAUAUUUCCGGCAGGAUGGUCUAUGGCGUUUUUCCAGCAACUCACGUAUACUGGGACUCGGGUCGCUGGGCAACGCGAACGCCAAACACAGGCAUUUGAAGCAGGCACUCCAUAUUUCCCUUCAGAUUAUCCCUCUACUAGCGCAUACAAAACCCACAUAUCGGCCAGAGCAGAGAAAGAGAAGGCGAAGUGGGCUAGGACUCCGGCCGCUAAGAGGGUAAAUUAUAGGAAGCUUGGCACACGCAGUCCGUGGAUACCCGAUUGGGAAGUCGUCUUGGGGUUGAAGGAGAUGCCCGAUGAGCCCUUAGAUGAUGAUGACGACGACGAGGAGAAUGUAGAUGAUGUGGAAGAUAUGCAGGACCUCAUCACAACACAGCGCGAACCAGAACAGUCCCUGGAGCAACAACGAGAAGAUUUCCUCGUAGAUGAUGAUCCUGCAGUUGGUCCUUGGCUUCUUCGUGGUGUCGAGAUUUCCAGCAUCGUUUCCGAUUUGAGCGAGGAUUUAGUUCCAAGUCAAUCGCUUCUCGCCACUCUGAACCGCCUUCGAGCGAAACGCUCACUUGAGCCACUUGAGAGUACUAUCAAGCCUGACAACUUGCUGAAAAGCGCUUUGGUGUCGGUCCGUAUAACGAUUUGUUCGAAAGGGUCCCCGAGCGAUCUUUCUCUUGUGUACUCGAUUCCUGAUCCAGAGCUACAAGAAUGGCGGAAAGGUUUGACAAGGGCGGGCGUGGACCCUAUACCCGCAGAAGUUGAAUUUGUGAACAAUUUCUCCCAGCUUCCGGAUAUUGUUCCUGCUCCCAGUUCAAUCAUUGGGUACAUAACAACUGGGGGAUUCUCACUUUCUCGGGGAGAGGGCUUUGCAAUCGGGGCAAUGUCUCUUACUCGUUUGUUCGAGCUCCAGCAGCAAGCUAAAAGGUUAUCGCAUUACGUGAAGUCCGAUAAGACUUUGUUCGUGAAGGUCCGCGAUCGAAAAGGACACCAGUGUCGGCUGGCACGCAUUCAUGUCGUGCAGAAUUGA